CGGGAGCCCGGUCGAGAUGGAGGAAGAUGCGAGCGGGGGCCGGAGGUCGCCGGGCAUGGAGGCUAGAGUGGGCGCUGUGGCCUAGAGGUCCGGGCUCGGAGUUCGCCCCAGUCGCGGCGGAACCUCCCUGAUCGGAGGAGGUCUCCAGGCGCCAUGGAGGAUAAACGCAACAUCCAGAUCAUCGAGUGGGAACACCUGGACAAGAAGAAGUUUUACGUGUUUGGUGUAGCAAUGACGAUGAUGAUCCGUGUCAGCGUCUACCCGUUUACCCUCAUCCGCACCCGGCUGCAGGUCCAGAGGGGCAAGAGCCUCUACCACGGGACUUUUGAUGCCUUCCUCAAGAUCCUGCGAGCAGACGGUGUGACUGGCCUCUACCGGGGGUUCCUGGUCAACACCUUCACCCUCAUCUCUGGCCAGUGCUACGUCACUACGUACGAGCUCACCCGGAAGUUUGUCGCUGACUACAGCCAGAGCAACACGGUCAAGUCUCUGGUGGCCGGGGGCUCGGCCUCCCUCGUGGCCCAGAGCAUCACCGUGCCCAUUGACGUGGUGUCCCAGCACCUGAUGAUGCAGCGCAAGGGCGACAGGAUGGGCCGCUUCCAAGUGCGAGGGAGCCCCGAGGGACGAGGGAUUGUAGCCUUUGGCCAAACCAAGGACAUCAUCAGGCAGAUCCUGCGGGCUGAUGGGCUCCGAGGCUUUUACCGAGGCUACGUGGCUUCACUGCUUACCUACAUCCCAAAUAGUGCUGUCUGGUGGCCCUUCUAUCACUUCUAUGCAGAACAGCUCUCGUACCUCUGUCCUAAGGAGUGCCCGCACAUUGUCUUUCAAGCUGUGUCGGGGCCCCUGGCUGCAGCCACCGCUUCCAUCCUCACCAAUCCCAUGGACGUCAUCCGCACCCGAGUGCAGGUUGAAGGCAAGAGCUCCAUCAUCCUGACCUUCAGACAGCUGAUGGCAGAAGAGGGGCCUUGGGGCCUCAUGAAAGGCCUCUCGGCCAGAAUCAUCUCAGCCACACCCUCCACCAUUGUCAUCGUGGUGGGCUACGAGAGCCUCAAGAAACUCAGCCUCAGACCUGAGCUGGUGGACUCAAGACAUUGGUAACCCGUGGAGGGGAGCGACCCCCGCUGUUUGCCACACUACUCUGGGGUGGGGGCAGCGUGGGGAGGGUAACACCCCCCCCCCCCCCGCCCCGUGUCCCCACCACAUCCGAAGCCCUGCCCUAGGCCGGGUGGCCUGUCUGGGACAGGGCAGAGACUGAACUGCUCUUGCUAAAGAGACUCCACACCUGGACCCCUGCUCCCAUUACUUUUUAUUUUCUUGCCAAACUGGGCUCCCUCGCUCAGUCUGGGUCCUCAGUCCUAUCGUAAGGAAACCCACCGUCCCCACCAGUUCCACCCCACCCAUCCCCUGCGAACCCUUCUUCUGGCUUCCCCUGCCAUCUGUGCCCCUGAGACCCUGACAAGAGCUGUACAUAGAGCUUGCUUAUUAUCACUGGUCCUCCUCCCGGGCUUUCAGCCCAGGUUCCAUCAGCUGCCAUCAGCCCUUUCCUGCUUCAUCUCUCAGGCUUGCUUGUUUUUAUUUUGGGACUGAGCUGCCCACCAGACUGCUCUGCUUUUCCCUGCCACCAGGGGGAGGGGGGCACGGUGCCAGGUACUUCUGCACAGGGAGUAGGAGCAGAAAAACCUCUGGUUCUCCAGAGCACUCGUCCUCUCUUUGGAGAGUUAUUAGGUCGGGGACAAAUGUCGAUACUCUUAUUUUGUGUGUGUAUUUUUUUAACAUCUGUGAACUAGGUACUGUCAGUCCUGCUGAAGCACCAGUCCUGCAGUCAGAGCCCACCCCUUUCUCAGACGGGUGGAAGAUGAGGCUUUUCCCUCAAUCCCAGUUGCUCGUCCCUUCCACGUUCCUUCAGAGCCAGCCGCCCCCGGACGCACAGGCCCGGGAUGACUAGAGGGGCGGGCCCAGUUCUGAGUAGAUGAGGCCGCCUGGGCCUGCUGCCCCCAGGUGGAGAGAGAGCAGCUGCUCCGGAGCAGCCCAGUGAAGCCGGGCCCUGGGCGGGGGGGCCGCCCGCGUCUACACCGCAGUCACUGGGACUCACGGACACACAGGUCUCCCAGCGGGAGUCUCCGAGUCGUGGAACCACUGGUGUUUCUCUUUUCUUCAUCCCAGUCACGGGCCUCCGGAGGGAUUCUUGGGAGACAGUGAGGAGCGGGGCAGGAGGUCACCCGCCCCAGGACCGCUGCACUUACCAGCCCGACACUGCCCAGCUGGUCUGGCGGCCGCCACCAAGCCUGCGAUGCGGGCGCGGCGCCCCCGGGACAGAAGGCCUGUCAGACCCCGCACUCGCACUGCACACGUGUGGCUGGAUGAGCCUUCCCGCCUGUCAUCGGCCCCACCCCUGGGAAAGGCCACGGUGCCACUUGAAAGGUGCUAGCUGCCCGAGGCCUUGACGCUUCUCACGGCUGCCCCCCUUUCCGUCGCCCUGGCCGGAUCAGAGCCAACCGCGCUUCUCCACCUUCGCCCCCACCGCCGCCCGUCUGGGCCUCGAGUCUUCGAGGGCUAGCCCCCUUCCCCCACCUUCGGUUUUGUGUCCCCUCUCCUCCUUUGUCAGGUGUCCCCGUGUCUGUCCACUAAUGGUCAGCCCCCCCGGGGCGCACAGGUGACUCCGAACCCCCUGCCCCCACGCCACCCACCUGCCCCAAGAGCCACCAACAGGAUCGAGGCCAGGGCCCCCCCGCUCUCCCCGCGCCUCAGUCCCACACCUCCUCCCUACAGGCCCGUCUGCGGUCCGCCCCACGCGGGCCGUGUGGUGGCAGGAGGCGGUGUGCUGCCCCGCCAGUCUCAGGAGGUGGGGCUUCGAGCCCUCAGACCGCGCUCCCCGAGCUCCCCGCGCGGCGCGGUGCCGCAGCCCCUCCCGCCCUCUCCCCCUCACCCCCCCUGCCCUCCGCCCUCUCCCCCUCUCCCUCCCUCGCACGGCGCGCUCGCGGUCCGGGCGGUCGCCGCGCGUCUCCGACACGGAGCCCUGGCCCCCGCUCUCCCGUCCAGCACGUCAGGCGCCGGGGUCGGCUAGGCUUAUGCAGCGCCGGGGUGCGGGGCGGACCAAAGGCCACGUCAGCGGGACUUGGGGCUGAGCUGGUCCGUGGCCCGAACUGGACGGAACAUGGGACACCGGGCGGGCGGGCACGCAGGUACAGCUGGCGUUUGGUAGGCUGGACUCCUGGGAACAUGCGCGGCGGACACUCACUGUUGCACUGUACGAAGUCUCUGACGUGUGAUUAAAAGUUUUUACUGAG